AUGGACGACUCAUACUUCUAUCAGCCCUCCAACCCUGGCCCGACACGUGCAGUCAAAUGGCUCUUGUUGCUUCUGUUGCUUAGAGUCAAGAAACCCAUUUCGUGGUCGGUGUUUCUCUCGUUGAAUUCCACCAUCCGUUCGCUACUUAAAGAAUGGAUCAGACCUAAACAUAAGGAUCCCGAAACCGUUGACCGUCGUGUCCGCAAGUUGUCGAACUUGCUCAGUGUCGGGUUCUUGUAUUCGGCAGUGUCCAGCAAUGUACGGAUCCCCAAGGACUACCUCCUGCUCUACAUCUUUAUGACAUACUAUGGGGAAUUGAAUCCUCCCAGCUCCAACAUCGUCGUAUCGCCGUCCACCACGCGCUACUUCAAGCUCAGCUCAUACAAAAAGGAUCUGUGGGUGAGAAGGCUCUACGAGAAGAAACACUUUUUCAUCUACCUGUUUCUCUUCGGUCAGUUGCUAUCCAAUUACCUUACACCCACAAAGUACAAGUUGAACCAGAAAUAUUUGUCCAGCUCCAUCAAGUCGCAGAUCUUCAACCCUAUCUGGAUCAACUUCAGUAUGGGGGUCAAUUCGCAGACACUCAACUGGCUCGGGCUUUUGAAGGCAUACGUGAAGCAUAAUGCUAUGUUGAUUGGGAUCUUCGGACUCACUGAGUUCAAACUGCGCUUCAUUGCCCACUAUAUCGAGUUGCAGCAUGAUGCUUACAGAGGCACUGGUGGCCUCAAGGAAAUUGUCCGCAACUACGUGGCAUAUGUGUUGAAUAAAGCCAACGAGAUUGCCAACUUCAUCUACGGUCCCAACAUACUUUCCAUGUUCCUACUUGCUCUCACGGCGCCUAUGUUGACCAAAUAUCCUGCGCUCAGGCGUGCUUAUUUGUCUGACGUGAAGCUGUUCAUCAAGAAUUACAUAAAAGCUAUUGGUUUCGUUGCUGCAUUUGCUACUAUGGCUGCGAACUCAAUGGAUUUCAUUCCGUCGUUUGGUUAUCGCAGAAUUAAAGGAGAUGACGGACCUUCUAACAUACGAAGACUCCCUUCCUCGUUCAUGGAUGCGCUCAACAUCUACCUCUUUCGGUUGAUUGUGUUGUCUAAGUGGCGCAUUGUCAAAGAAAACCAUCCGUGGUUUACUAUUCUCAAGAUUGGCUCUUGGGAGAGAAUUGAGUCGCUAAUCAUGUGCUACGGUGUGUGGAAACUUAUGAACCUCAACGAUUACGUCACAAAGCACAGGAGCGGACCACAUGCUGAGGAGUGCUCUCGAAUUGCCCUGGUGCCAAUGAUGAGAGGAAUCGACAGACUCAUGAGCUGA